AUAAGUUCAAAGGAAUACCCAACAUUCCACUAUUAUUCAUGUAGCCUAAUAGCGUAGUAGAAUCAGCUGAUCGCGCGUUGGCAAAGGGAAGGGAAGUCGGGCUGAUAGCUAUUCCAGGAGCGACACGGAGCUUGGUAAAAUAAUUAAAGGUUCUGGUUUUCAGAUGUGUGGCAAAGUGUGUCAUCUUACACACUAUGCCAUACACGCUUUUAUUUCGGCAAUGAGAAUUUUGUGAUGAGAAGGCAAUAUUAACGCCCAGAGCCAAGAUGAGUUCUCGUUCUCUUGUGUUCGUCACAGGAAAUGCUAAGAAGUUGGAGGAAGUUGUAGCCAUUCUGGGAGAUACUUUUCCUUUUAAAAUUGUCAGCCAAAAGAUAGACUUGCCAGAGUACCAAGGUGAAGCUGAUGAAAUCAGCCGCAAGAAGUGCCAGGUAGCAGCUGAAAUUGUCAAAGGUCCUGUCAUUGUAGAAGACACAUGCCUGUGCUUCAAUGCACUAGGUGGUCUCCCAGGACCAUAUAUCAAGUGGUUUCUGGACAAGCUUGGGCCAGGUGGCCUGACAAAGCUCUUAGCAGGUUUUGAAGAUAAGUCUGCUGAAGCUGUAUGCACAUUUGCUUACUCUUCUGGGGAGCCCAAUGACGAAGUACUUUUGUUCCAUGGUCGCACUCAAGGUGCCAUUGUGGAGCCUCGAGGGGAGCACAAGUUUGGGUGGGAUCCCAUCUUCCAGCCAAAAGGUUAUGACCAGACAUAUGGUCAGUUGGAGAGGACUAUUAAGAAUACCAUAUCUCACCGGUUUAAAGCAGUAGAUGCUUUGCGUGACUACUUUACAGGUGAAGAAGGAAAGGCACUGUUGGCCAAGAAGUUAAAGGUUGAAGACAACAAUGAGAAGGCAUAGCAUUGAGGUUUUGUCUGCUGAUCCAGCUGAACUAGAAAGAUUUCAUGAUCCUGCUUUCCCAUGAAAUACCCAAAAGAAGGACCAUCUCUGCUUGUGCACAGAAUAAAAGGAUUUGUUUAUAAAAUUUUACUUUAUGACAAUAUUCAUGCUACCCAUUUCCAUUUUUGAUUCUCAUAUCUGGGGUUUAUAUAAUGAACAAUAUAUUUCUUCUAUUAUGUUUUUAUAUGAAGACUAUUUUAUUAUGCCUAUAGCACAAAGAGGGUUACAAAGAUAAAGGCCUUGCAAACCUGUGUGCAUUUUCUUAUAUAUAUAUAUAUAUAUAUAUAUAUAUAUAUAUAUAUAUAUAUAUAUAUAUAUAUAUAUGUAUAUAGUCAGUCUGUUAGUAAGUCACUGCUUUAGAUCACAACAUCAUAUAUGCCACAAAAGAGGAGAAACCUCGUUGAUGUAGAUGGUAUCUAUUAGAAAGUUAAGCAGGUUUUCUUGUUUAUGUCAUAGUUAUGAGGCUGAUGUUUAAAUUAUAUAAACCAUUUCAUUAUUUACAGAUAGGGGAAGAAACCAAAUUCCUUAAAAUAUGACAGAUAAUAGAUUUUGUUAAGCACAAGUUCUUUUUACAAAUUUGACAGGUUGUGUUCAUUCUACAUCUCUUAUUGUUGCUGAAUUAAAAGCUUUUUCUUUUAA